CUUUGGAUCUUUGGAAUAAUAGGUCUCAUUUCACACACACACACACACAAGAACUAACACAUUUCUUUGAGUCUCAAUUGGAAAUUGCAGCUAUGGCAAUUCCAAAACUAUUCUUCAUCUUCUUGAUAAUAUGCAUCUUCUUCUUCUUCUCUACUCUUGUUCAAUCCGAUUCUCACUUCGAAGGCUUCGACGCCGAAGACGAUGAUGCCGAAUUCGAAGAAGCAUCUAUCGAUCCAGCUUCUCUCCGAUCACCACCAUCUCAAUCACUUUCCACCGAUCCCAAUCCAAACCCUACUCCUUCUCCACCCUCCGAUCUUCCCAAAUCCACACCUCCCACACCCACCACCUUCGAUUUCUGGGACGACGAUGAAUUCGAAGGUCUUCCCACUGAUGAACAACACCCUGACUUACACGUUCCAAUCACCGAUCCCAAAUCCACCGAUAACACAAACACCACUUCUUCUCAAGAUCAAAACGUUAAGCCUCAACCACGUUCCUUCACCGUCGAGAUCCUCUGUGGAAGUUUUUUGAUUAUGUUUGCAAUCAAUUACUUCACUGGUAAGAAGGAAAACGAGAACAUAGCACUUUCAUGGGCUUCACAAUUUGCUGCUAAAGAUUCAAUUUUUGAGAAAAAUUUCAGUCUUUUAGGGAUCGGUGAUGGCGGUGAUGAUACUCCUUUGUUGUUGAAAGAAGGACAAACAACCUUCAAGUUUUAUGCUAGUGGUAGAAGGUAUUGUCAAGGGUUGUUGGCAACUUUGGAGUUGAAGAGUAGGCAUGAUCUUAUUGCUAGGAUUUACAAUAUGGUGGUUCCUUGUAAGGAUGAGAUUACUUUUGAGGUUUACAUGAAUGAUGAUGCUAUGGAUCAUGUGGUUUUUGCUAUGGCUAAGAAGAAGGCUGCUAAAGCUAUGCAUAAGGAUUUAAGGGAUUUGCAGAGGUUUGCUACUAUUAUGUCUCCUCCUACUUCAAGGAAAUGGGUUUCUGAUGAUCUUGCAGUUAUUUCUGAGUCUAGGGAAGUUGCUUCUGAUUUGAUCACUGAUGCUCUCAUUGAACAGGUUUUUGGUGACAAAUCUUUUGAGAAAUAUGGAAAAGGAUUAAUUUCAGUGCAUUUCUCUGACAAUCACCCUGGCAUACACAAGAAAGUAUUGCUGUUCAAGUUUGUUCUUCCAGCUGCUAAAAACAUGGCUGAUAUGACUCGACUUGUGGCUCUUGUUCCAUAUUAUAUUGACUUGAUUGGAAGAUAUAAAUUGAGUUCUCAGGCUCGGUCCAAGACAGAGGCUGCACGACAAAAGGUUGCUCAAGAGGUACAGAAAGAACUUCGAAAUAUCCAACAAGAGGCCAUGCAAAGAAGAAAGGCAGAGAGGAAAAAGCUGAUGGAGGAGGCUGAGGCCAAGCUCGGUGCAGAAGCCAUUCGAAAGAAAGAAGCUAAAGAACGUGCUCGCCAAAUGAAAAAGGCGAUGCCAAAGAUGAAAAUGUCCCGUGGUGCCUAAUUCUUGAUGAUUUGUGAGUAUAAUUGAAGGCUGCCUAAUUCUUGAUGAUUUGCGAGUAGAAUUGAAGGCUAUCCCCACCCAGCGUACGUUGUACUUGGGUCCUUGCCUUUUAUAGAAUUAUGGCAAUGUACUUUGUUAGUUUUCAUUUCCUCCCAAGUUAGCUAGAUAGACGUGACCACAUUUUGGUGGAUUUUGAAUGUACCAAAAUUGGGAUCUUAGAAAUAUUCAUAAGCUCCUGAUAACUUUAGUUUCUAGUUGACUGUUCUUUUUUCCCAUUUUCUUUGUCAAGAUGCUGAAAGUGUAGGCAGUGACUAAUGCCUAAUGAACUUCUCAAAAAAAAAAAAAAAUCACUUGCUUUUGCCCUAGCAAGCUAUGAUAAGUGGUGCAUUUCUGUAUUAAUCACAGUAGUUUACUAGAAGAAAACAAUGCUGUUUCUUUCAA